CUAGAUCGUUGGAAUUGUUUGUUGAGUCAUUAUUAACGAAAACCAGUGCAAACACGCUGUCAAAAAAUGCUAGGACCCUUAGUGCAGCACAUCUAAAACAGACGAUACUAUCAGAAACAAGGUUCGAUUUUCUAAAAGAUUUGGUUGCCAAGGUGCCAGAUGUCCGAGAAGGUGGCAUUGAGGGAGACGAGAGUUCAAACACUGGCAGUGAUAACACAUUCAAACCCAGGCGCUAAAAGUACCUGAUAUGGAACUCUAUCCCAAUAUUCCAACUCCGCUGAGUCUUCCGCAUCAAGGCGAAAUACCCGGAGGAGUGAAUGUGGGUACUGUGAUAUACGUCACCGGGGUACCCUUCAAGAAUGUUACUAA